AUGACGGACGAAUGCAUUUCCAUAAAGUACGACAUUUGUGGAAAGGACAAAACAGGCAUACUAAUGAUGGGUCGUGAUAAGCUAGAUGCACAACCAACGGGACGGGAGAAAUGCGCGGGCGGAGAAAACAAUUUGAUUGGAUCCAAUGGAAACAUUGACGAUGCUAGUGCAGGAUUGAACAAAUAUACCGCGUAUAUGCCCACUGAGCGUCAUGCGAGCGAAUACAACAUGAAUCAUAAAAAUCGAGGUCUUGCCUUAAUUUUCAACCAUGAAUAUUUCGAUAUUCCAUCAUUAAAAUCGCGACAAGGUACAAACGUCGACUGUGAAAAGUUAGGAGCUGCCCUCAAAAAGCUUGAUUUUCAGGUAGACAUCUAUAAAGACUGUAAAUUGAGAGAAAUUCUCAAAUAUGUCGAUAAAGCUGCUUCUCAGGAUCACACCGAUAACGAUUGUAUUGCCGUCGCCAUACUAUCACAUGGGGAGCACGGCUACCUCUACGCCAAGGACGUUCAAUAUAAAUUAGAUACUAUUUGGCACUACUUUAGCGCACAUACUUGCCCUACUCUAGCGGGAAAGCCCAAAUUAUUUUUUAUUCAAGCCUGUCAGGGCGACCAUUUCGACCCUGGAGUACUCAUGCGUAAGACUGAAACCGAUGGCGAAACAUCUAUGAGCUAUAAAAUUCCUGUUCAUGCCGAUUUUCUUAUUGCCUAUUCAACCAUACCAGGCUUCUAUUCUUGGCGUAAUACCACUAAUGGUUCCUGGUUUAUGCAGUCACUAGUGGAUGAAUUGAAUGCUAAUGGGAAAAAACACGAUAUUUUAACCUUGUUAACAUUCGUCAAUCAGCGUGUUGCAGUCGACUUUGAGUCUUGCGUGCCAGAUUGUCCGAUAAUGCAUCAGCAGAAACAAAUUCCAUGCAUUACGACAAUGUUGACUCGUAUCUUGCGCUUUACCGACAAACCAUCUAAAGGCGCUUAAUUCAAAACAUACCAUUUGGACACGUGGCACAAAUAGCAGGUGUCUGAAAUUCUUUACACAUUACAAUCAUCAUUGCAAAAAUAUAUGUACUACACGCGUAUGCACGCAUGGUACAUUACAUAUAUGUGGUAAAAGGAGUUGAUAGAUAAUCAUUAAGCAAUCAUUACAUUGUACAACUGCGACAGAGUACACAUUUUAGUGUGUAUUUAAAGCUGAGACUGAACUGCUCCCCAUUUUCAUUGCUUUAAUUUUGCCAUUUAACUGAAUUUAAAUGUAUUUUUGAAGACGUUACAUUAUAAUCAUAAGCGUAUUUUUUCUAAAAUAAUGAAUUAACUUGAAUUAAAAUAAGAAAUUGUAUUACAUACAUACAUAC